AUGAAGACCUGCCUGAAGAGGGCCCAUCUUUGAAGAAUCUUCUCCUGAUGGUCCUGGUUCCAUUGUUUGCUAUUUUGAUUCUCAUUAUAUUAGUUGGUCUUUUUGUCUGGAAAUGGGCCCAAAGCCGGCGGAGACAUAUGCCAUUUGGGUCUAAUGAACUGGGCGAUGUGGAUUUUAUGCUGAAGAACUCUCUGGCUGGGGACAACACCUUAGAAGUCCUGCUGAAUGAUGACUGCACUACUGGAAGUGGAUCUGGGCUGCCUUUUCUAGUCCAAAGAACUGUGGCUCGGCAGAUCACCUUGGUUGAAUGCGUUGGCAAAGGACGCUAUGGGGAAGUGUGGCGUGGUACUUGGCAUGGGGAGAAUGUGGCUGUCAAGAUUUUCUCUUCCCGUGAUGAGCAGUCAUGGUUCCGUGAGACUGAGAUUUACAACACGGUGCUGCUAAGGCAUGACAACAUCUUAGGAUUCAUUGCGUCAGACAUGACAUCACGGAAUUCAAGUACUCAACUCUGGCUAAUCACCCACUAUCACGAGCAUGGCUCCCUCUAUGAUUACUUGCAAUGCACAGUGUUGGACGUGGAGACCUGCUUGCGUUUGGCCACCUCAGUCAUCUGUGGGCUCCUUCAUCUGCACGUGGAGAUCUUUGGCACCCAGGGCAAGCCUGCCAUUGCUCAUCGGGAUCUGAAAAGCCGGAAUAUCUUGGUCAAGAACAAUAAGCAGUGCUGCAUUGCUGAUUUAGGAUUGGCAGUUAUGCAUUCCCAGAGCAGUGAUUACUUGGAUAUUGGGAACAACCCACGAGUGGGCACCAAACGCUACAUGGCACCUGAAGUUUUGGAUGAACAGAUUCGUAUGGAUUGUUUUGAAUCCUUCAAGCGGACAGACAUCUGGGCUUAUGGUCUGGUCCUGUGGGAGAUAGCCCGAAGAACCAUUGUGAAUGGGAUUAUUGAAGAUUAUAAACCUCCUUUCUUUGACUUGGUUCCAGUCGACCCCAGCUUUGAAGACAUGAAAAAAGUGGUUUGCAUUGACCAGCAGACACCCACCAUUCCCAAUCGGAUGUUCUCUGACCCAGCUUUAUCUUCCCUAGCUAAGAUCAUGAAAGAAUGCUGGUUCCAGAGUGCACCAGCAAGACUCACAGCUCUGAGGAUUAAAAAGACACUGAAAAAACUCAGCAACUCCUUCCACAAAGGCAAAUACUCUCCUAGCUUCUAG